AUGUCUACUCUUACUAAGAUUGUGCUACUGUCGAUCUUAGUCAGACUGAUUAGUUUUUUAUUACUGCUCCUGACUAAUCCACUGCUCAUCAGCUCAUUUGACCACUCAGCCCAAUCAAACACCACCAUCAUCAUCAACAGCAGUCACUCAUCAGAUGGGACACCCUCCACUUCCUCACCACCAACACCAGAACAGCAGACAGCCACUGCCAGCAUCCUCUCCACCCUCAUCCUCUACCAACUCACCCUCAAGCUCUCCUCUCACUCAACCUCCUACUCAGCCCUAGUCGGCCUCCUCCACCUCUUCUCCCCCUCCCCUAGCACCCAGGUCGUCCCCUACACCGAACCAUUCUACGCCCUCUUCUCAUUCGCCGCAAUCUAUCUGAUCGAGGCAAAACAUCACUGGCCUGCUGCUAUCCUCGCCGGAAUCGCCACCUCAUUCAGACCGAUCGGGGUCAUCCAGUGCUUACUAUGGAUCCCUCAAUGGACCAACCAUCUCAAACAGCUCAUCAACAACCCAAAACAAUCAUCCGCUCUCAUUCGAUUCAUCUCCACUAGCCUCAAGACUCUCCUCUUAGCACUCAUCACCUCUGCCCCAUUCAUCUACGACCAAUACUCGGCCUACAAACACUACUGUUAUCAAUCUUCUUCACCCAGGCCGUGGUGUUCCAAUCGAAUCCCGAGUAUCUACACCUUCGUCCAAUCUCAUUAUUGGAAUAAUGGGUUCUUGAACUAUUGGACCUUCAAUCAACUCCCGCUCUUCAUCAUCUCCUUCCCCAUCUACUGGGCCUCAUUCGCCGGGAUCUGGAACUACUACGGCUCCACUCGAUUCACGACUCCUAAAACCCACCAAUCCAAGCCAGACGAAGCAAGAUCGAUUAUCAAGCAAUCCGGAUACAGACCAUUCCUCGAUCCCCGGCUCCAGAUCCACAUCCUCAUCCAACUGCUCCUCACCUCGCUCUUACUCUUCAACUCACACGUCCAGAUCAUCCUCAGACAGAUCGCAACCAUCCCGGCCUUCUGGUGGGGUCUGGCUGAUGGAAUCUCCCGCCAUUGGAAUCAGCAACAGUCUUCAAAUCAACACAACAGUCAUCGUAUCGCUCGUUCUUACUGGGCUUGGUGGUUCCCUUGGAUCGUCGUUUGGGCUCCGAUCAGCUUGGUGCUUUGGGCUGGCUUCUAUCCUCCCGCUUGA